CAGUUUCAGUAUUUUUGGAAGAACUAAAUAAACUACGCGAUGAAAACUUUAACUUUUGUUCUUCUCACAAUUGUCAUUGCUGUUGAUGCAAUGAAGGUGUGCGUUCCUGUGCCGGAAGACCCAUGUGCUUCAGUAGUAGCGGCUGCAGCGUCUAUUUGGCAAGAGGCGGCUCAAAAACUGGCAAAUCUCAAUGCUCAAUGCAGUAAUGAACUAAGUGCUGUGUCAUUUGCAAACGGAGACGAAUUUGACGAUUUUAAUGGUGAAUUCUACACGACAAGUAAUUGCAUGGUUACUUAUUAUUCGUACACGGACACUGCUAUUGCUUCUCUUGCAAAUCUCGUUGGAGCAAGUUUCGAUGACUAUUACGACUUAUUCUACGGAUUUAUUGACAGAGAAGGAGAUGCACUUUGCCUUGGUCAAGGUGAUACAAGUUUAGUCAACGCGUUCAACAGUGUUUUAAAUGGAUGGAACGACAUCAUACAAUCAAAAAAACCAAAAUAGAAAGAUGAAAUAGAAUCAUCCCAAUGACCUGUAAAAUGAUUUCAGUUUAUGUAAUAAAGUGAAAAUGCUACAAAUCUAGAAAA